AGAUCCCUUUGGUCUUGUACCUCUUUGCCCUGAUUUCCAUCACCUGGCUGUGGGGAGGGCUGCACAUGGCUUACCGGCACCUCUGGAUGUUAGUCUUCUUCAUCAUCUUCAACAGCCUGCAGGGUCUUUAUGUCUUCGUGGUGUAUUUUAUCCUCCACAACCAGCUUUGCUGUCCCGUGAAAGCGAGUUACACUGUAGACAUGAAUGGGCAUCCGACCCCAGGGUCAGCUUUCUUCACACAUGGCAGUGGUCUUCCAGCUGCAGGUGGAGAGAUCAGCAAGUCCACUCAGAACCUCAUCAGUGCUAUGGAAGAGGUGCCUGCAGACUGGGAAAGGGCAUCCUUGCAGCCUGCUGGUCAAGCUAGUGCUGCCUUUAAGCAGAGUCCACAAAAUGGAAAUGUUUUCCACCCUUCUGGAGGAUUUAGUACAGGCUCAUUGGUUGCUGAUGAGGAGUCACAGGAGUUUGAUGACCUGAUAUUUGCUUUAAAGACUGGUGCAGGCCUCAGUGUCAGUGACAAUGAAUCUUGUCAUGGGAGCCAGGACGGCGGCAGCAUGGCUAACUCCCAAAUCGUAGAGCUUAGAAGCAUA